UUAUUGUUAGCUUGUUAGCUAGCAGGCGAACUGGUGAAUGGUGAUAUGACAGAGUAAUAACAUCCUAUUACAAGUGCACGAUACAGUUAUUACAAACGUAAAGUGAUGGAGGACGGAAACAGGACUGAUGCUGCCUCCACAUCUAAAAGCCAUGCAGGCUCUCUCCACCUGCAGACUCCAAAAAAUGAAGAAACCUAUGAAAUUGUCAUCCCCUAUGAAGAAAACUCCUUUGAGCAGCAAGGAUUUUUCAAUCAGAGUGAACAGACUUUUGAUGAGUCACCCCCAUCUGCUGGCCCAUCCCAAGUAAACAACUUAUACAUGGUGAUCACCAACCUGCGAACCCAGCUACAGAUCUCUCUAGAGAAAAACUCCUGGAUGCAGAAAAGAAUUGAGGACUUGGAAGAGGAGAGGGACUUCCUCCGUUGCCAGCUGGACCGCUUUAUAUUUUCCACAAAGAGCCAGGAGCAGAGUCAGAGCCAGUACAGUAACGGUUAUGAAUCCAGACGAUUCAACUGGAGAGUAAGAAGAGAGGAAGAUCGCCGUGUUGAGCAACAGAAGCCUCAAGAGUCUCAGCAUUUCCCCUCACGGCAGUUUAUACAACGAAGGCCUGGUCCUCCAACCAUGGUGCCUUCCAAAAACCCUGUCUCCAGUCAACUAACCAAUGAGCUCGUCUCUUUAAAUGCUUUGUUCAACUCUACCCAGUCCCAGGCCCUCUUGCAGGGCCAUAGCCACAGUAAUCCGAAUGCCACAGCCAGUGGCAGCAGCGGCAACAGUAACAGUACUGCAAGGUCACCCAUGAAUGAAAUGAGUGGACAUAGUAACUUAGGUCCAGAUUCAAUUUCACUCUUGGGAGAAUCUGAUGAGUACUUGGAGCAUGAUGGGUACCUCGACGAGGAGGAAAUGAUAUCAGGGGGAGAUUUAAUGCAAGGUACCAUUAACAACAAAGGACACCUAUUUAAGAGAAGGCGGGUCUUCCGAGCCCCAAGAGAGCGGCAGAGAGUGAAAGAUGCUGCUGGAGUGCUGUUUCGCUACAAGAAGAUCCUGCUUACAUACCAGCGUCUGAAAAACAUGUCGAAAGCCUUCCAAAUCCACGGUGUGGACCGCAACACGGUGGCUUCCACUACACCCAUUGCUGAGAUGCUACUUGUGGCCCCAGAGAAGGUGGCAGAGCUGGGCGAGUUUGACCCAUCCAAGGAGAAGCUUCUGGACUAUGCGCGGCGCUGCUACACUGCCCUGGAUGAGGAGACACUUAGCAGGGUGCAGGCCCUGAAGAAGAAUAACCUGCUCCUGCCUAUCUCCUACAGGUUUAGACACUGAUGAGAGAAAGACAGCAGGACGGGAAAUCUUUCUAGAAAACAUGGCAAGUUUGGAAAGAAUAGGCAUGGUUCUGCUGCAGCAGGCCAGCUCACCUCCGCGCUUGGAGAUGCCCAGAGGCAGGAGGAAUUAUGUUUGCUAUCUCAGCAUACAAUAACUCUGCUUUGAACUUUAUAAUACUAAUAUUAACAGUUUGCACAUAAUGCAGGCGCACAACAGCGCAGUCAGCCAGUUCCUGUCAGUACAAACACACACACAAAAUUAUGUCAGUGUUUUUCAUUAUCAUAGAGAAGCAAAUGUACACCGUAUGAUAACUGUCCUUUCCAAUAUACGGUUUACAAUGGUUUAUGUGUGAACAGAAAGGUGUCUUAACUAUUGGGGUAAUAAAGGGGAUUUCUUUCCUUCAGUAUUUAAAUGUGUAACCAACUUAGCUUGUUAAUGUUUUAGCCUCAACAUUUGCCGAGACACUGACCUGAUCUUUAAGAUCUGGAUCAGUUUUUGGCCGGUAGACGAAUAAUGUAUUGUCUAGAGAUCAUUUGAGCUCCUGAUAGUCUAAAAGAUGUGUGAGCCUUGUAAUUUGUAUCACUUUAUUUGUGUGCACAAUCCCUAAAAUAGUGUAGCUUUUAUUCACAAUGUCUAUUUAUGUUAAAACAAUACUGCACUCAGUAGAUUUUGUAGGAAUAAAUUAUUAUAAUUUUUACUGUA